AUUUCUUUUCUCGUGGUGUAUCUCGUAUAAGAUUUAAGCCAAGUAUUAAUCGUCAGCAUUUGACGCAGUGCGUUAGUUGUAAAUUAGAAAUCGCCAGGAGUAUCGAGUAGUUAAUGGGAAAAAAAUUUACUUACAAAACGCGAAAGUAAACUUUAUCCAAGAUUAGAAAUCGCGUAAAAUUCGAAGAAAUAAAUAAAUUAAACACGGCUAUAUUUCAACGUACUGCUAAGAGACCAUAAAAACUUGACAUUGGAACGGCCAUUUUGGCGUGUUGUUUCCUAAUCGAGUGCUGCGCACAGCAUCGAUAUCCAUCCAUUUCGAGGAAGUAAUUACAUUACGUUGCUUCCAAGAUGAUGACCGAAACACAUAUGAACUCAAACCACAUGCUCAAUUCUGCUCUCAAUACGAAAACAGAGAUAGAAAAGAUGGACGAUGUAGGUUGGAAAGCCAAACUAAAAAUUCCACCAAAGGAUAAACGUAUAAAGACUAGUGAUGUCACUGACACACGUGGUAACGAGUUUGAAGAAUUUUGCCUGAAACGAGAGUUGCUAAUGGGUAUCUUUGAAAAGGGUUGGGAAAAACCAUCUCCAAUUCAAGAAGCCAGUAUCCCCAUUGCUUUGUCUGGUAAAGACAUCUUGGCUCGAGCUAAAAAUGGUACUGGCAAAACUGGAGCAUAUUCUAUUCCAGUACUAGAACAGGUCGACCCACGAAAAGAUGUAAUUCAAGCUUUAGUAAUUGUACCUACCAGAGAGUUAGCCCUUCAAACAUCACAAAUAUGUAUUGAACUUGCAAAACAUAUGGAUAUUAAAGUAAUGGUAACUACAGGUGGUACCAAUUUACGUGACGAUAUUAUGAGGAUUUAUCAGAAAGUACAAGUAAUAAUAGCAACACCAGGAAGAAUUCUUGACCUUAUGGACAAAAACGUUGCGAACAUGGAUCACUGCAAAAUAUUAGUUUUGGAUGAAGCAGAUAAGCUUUUGUCGCAAGAUUUUAAGGGAAUGUUGGAUCAUGUCAUUUCUAAAUUGCCACACGAACGUCAGAUUUUGCUAUAUUCAGCUACCUUUCCAUUAACUGUAAAACAGUUUAUGGAAAAACAUUUGCGAGAUCCAUAUGAGAUUAAUUUAAUGGAAGAAUUAACAUUGAAAGGUGUAACGCAGUAUUAUGCCUUUGUACAAGAACGACAAAAAGUUCACUGCCUUAACACGCUGUUCUCGAAGUUGCAAAUAACACAGAGCAUAAUCUUCUGUAAUUCGACACAACGCGUAGAAUUACUAGCAAAGAAAAUAACGGAUCUUGGUUAUUGCUGUUAUUAUAUACACGCGAAAAUGGCACAGGCACACAGAAAUCGUGUAUUCCACGAUUUUCGAGCAGGUUUAUGUCGGAAUCUGGUGAGCAGUGAUUUGUUCACUCGGGGUAUUGACGUACAAGCUGUUAACGUUGUAAUCAAUUUUGACUUUCCUAAAAUGGCAGAAACGUACCUGCAUCGUAUUGGUCGAUCGGGAAGGUUUGGUCAUUUAGGUAUAGCAAUUAAUCUAAUCACGUAUGAGGAUCGUUUUAACUUACAUCGUAUCGAACAAGAGCUUGGAACAGAAAUAAAACCUAUCCCUAAAGUGAUAGACCCCAGUUUGUAUGUAAUAAGACCUGAAGACAAUAAUAGUAUGGAAGAGGGUAAUGUGUCCAAGUAGUUUCGAUAUGGUAUCAUAACUAAGUUUGGAAUGCACCCUCAGGAAAAGUUUCAAGUGUUAAAAUAGUGAUUGUGUCUCGUAAAUGUUAUAAGGCAUAAUGGUUUUGCUAUGCACUGGAAAACUCGCAGAGUGAUGAAAACAAAAAAAAAAA